CCUGAACGAUUUGAUCCCUUCCAACCCGCAAUGCCUGCCGACAACUACCUAGGCACCUAAGCCAAUAAUGGAGAGAUACUCCGCAGGUGCGCCGAUCUCGAGAUCGGUCCCAACUCAGCUCUUUCCCGUGUUCAAGGAAGCCCCGCACUUCGAUGGUGGGCCUCACGACAUUAAACAACUACCUAGUGGUCUAUAAAUUGCUUCUCUUUAUGCCCGCCCCUCGAACAAAGAGGUUUUGGUCUACAACUCUUCUUCGCAUUUCAUCGUCAUCAGCGUCUUCAGCCUCUUUGCACCGAUAUAGGAUUUACCAGUCCGACACCAAUCAUCAUCAUGUCUGGCAAGGGAUACUCUUACAAGAGCUCCGGCACCAACAGCCAGGGCAACCACUAUUGCGCCAGGGACUACGGUAGCAGUGCCUCGAACUCGAACUCGUACCACUAUAGCAACAGCGACGGGUCCUACUACUAUUCCAACCCCAACGGCAGCACCUACCACAACGACGGCAAUGGUGGCUCGACGUACACCUCGCCCAGCGGGGGCCAGUCCUCCACCAGCGGUAGCUCCGGCUCGUCGGGUAACUCGGGCAGCAGCAAGUAGGCCGUUGUGUGACGUCCGAACGCGGGGCAUUUCUUCUAAAUCUCCACGGACGGAGUGAUCAGUGGUCAAUGUGAUAGCUGAAUUGAGAGCCGAGUCAUCGCCUGCAAACUAGUAGUACACAUAUCGUACACCAUCACCGUCGUUACCAUCGUAACCAUCAUGUAAAGCGCAUCAUCCGAACCCCACCCCAUCCCCUAAAAAAGCACGCCCACCUCCCAUCACACCACCACCAUCAACCACCCCCUCCCCCUCCUCCCUUUCAAAGCGUCG